GCCAAUCAAAAUUAGUGAAUACACUGCAUCCCUCUGCAGUGGAGAGAGGCGACAAGGUAGGCUGUCACUCUGCAAAAGCUGCUCAGAGCAGGCUUCCCUCUGAAAAGGCAGAGCCGUUCCUUUUCAGAAAGACUGGAUCUAACCCGCUGCCUCUGGAGACAAGAAGCCUUCAGUAUGCUAAAUUACUUUCAUUACGUAUUUUCAAAUGCUUAUUGACUCCACUGUAGGAAGAGUGAGAGGCUGCGCACGGUCCAUACAUUAGCAGGACUGCUCAAACAAUGGCACAAUACAGACACAUUUUCAUUAAGGUCAUUCUGAAGAGAUUUUUAUGACCCUCUUCCCUGAGCCCUCUACUAACAAACGAACAAAACGAAACAAUCAAAAUUGGAAAUGCUUCAGCUACAUCAAGAACUGGUCAAAUCUUUAACAGAGGGCCUACAACUAACUCAGUAUAGACAACUGAUGAUAUGAAGAACGCAACUGCCUGAGAAGCUCCCUAGCUCUCUGAAUCACAAACUGCUAGAUAUUCUUGCAAUGCAUGACUUUAAGAAACUAAGGAGUUAAAGCCUCUGAUUAGCUCUGCUGGAAUGUAACAAGCUGACAGCAUCCCAAGAAGAUGCUACAUAGAAUAACCACAAAAAGAAAAAAUAGAGCUGUAAAAAGCCUGCAGAUCAUCGGGUGAGUGUUUUUAAAGGAAGAUCUAACACUUUAACACAGCAGAGUUAAGGACACCAUUGAUUCUAUAAGAAACAGUGAAGCAAAAACUUCAAAAAGGAAAAUGGCAUGAUAGACCAGCAAGCAAAAUGAAGCAUUAGCAGACAUUUUCUGUACUAUUCAGAUCAAUUGAUAUGACUAAGUUUUCCAUCUGAGCUUUAUAACCAAUUAUGUAUCCUCUUCUAAUGAGAAAUAACCAAAUUAAAUAGCAGAUGGUUUUUAUCAAAAGAGCAUGUACUGGAUUUACAAUAUAAAGCAAAUUAUGUGAUCAAGAAAUCAUUUCAAAAUAAUGAGAACUGCUGCAGAAACAGACUGCAAACAAAUGGAUAUCUAAAUGCAUCUUAGAAGCUAGAGACAUGUUUCUUUUUUUCUGUUUUCACAUAUUCUGGAAAACAAAGAGACACAAUCUUACAUUCCUUCAAAAAGGAAGUGCAAUUUCUAUCAUCUGAUGAAGUUUCAUUUGCCCAUGUCUUUCUGAAAGAAGAAGAAAAAAAAAAAACCAUGAAAAUUAUGUGCUGUUCUUCAGAAACCCAUCAGCCAACUAAAUCCCACAAUUUGUACAGCUAACGUACUCAAAUAGCAAAAGAAUAAAUUCCUACAAGACAUGAAAUAAAACACAACUACUGCACUGUUGUCAGGAAAAAAAAUCGUGUCAAAACUGUCAAUGACAUCAUGUAUCAAUUUGUGGAAAACUACCAUGGUGAGCCAAAAGGCCCAUAAGGCCACCGCAAACAGGGGAAACACAAACUGCUCCAAAAGAAUGUGUUUUUCUCCUGUUCUGGAAAUCAACAUGCAGUCUGAAUCAAACAUUACAGUUCGAGAUGACAUGGAUGACAUCGACACCAAUAUGUACCAACCACUAUCAUACCCAUUAAGCUUUCAAGUAUCUCUCACUGGAUUUCUCAUGUUAGAAAUUGUGUUGGGACUUGGCAGCAACCUUACUGUAUUGGUACUUUACUGCAUGAAAUCCAACUUAAUCAACUCGGUCAGUAACAUUAUCACAAUGAAUCUCCAUGUACUUGAUGUAAUAAUUUGCGUGGGAUGUAUUCCUCUAACUAUAGUGAUCCUUCUGCUCUCACUGGAGAGUAACACUGCACUCAUCUGCUGUUUCCAUGAAGCUUGUGUUUCCUUUGCAAGUGUUUCAACAGCAAUCAACGUUUUUGCUAUCACUCUGGACAGAUACGACAUCUCUGUGAAACCUGCAAACAGAAUUCUGACAAUGGGCAGAGCUGUAAUGCUAAUGACAUCCAUUUGGAUUUUUUCUUUCUUCUCAUUCCUGAUUCCCUUCAUUGAAGUAAAUUUCUUCAGUCUUCAAAGUGGAAAUCCAUGGGAAAACAAGACAUUGUUGUGUGUCAGUACAAGUGAGUACUACACUGAACUGGGGAUGUAUUACCACCUUCUAGUUCAGAUCCCCAUUUUCUUCUUCACAGUCAUAGUGAUGUUGAUCACAUACACCAAGAUACUUCAGGCUCUUAACAUCCGGAUAGGCACCAGAUUCACAACAGGGCAGAAGAAGAAAGCUCGGAAGAAAAAGACAAUCUCUCUAACCACACAUGAGACUAGAGAUAUGCCACACAGCAGUGGAGGGAGAAACGUCGUCUUUGGUGUGAGAACUUCAGUUUCUGUAAUAAUAGCCCUCCGGCGUGCUGUGAAACGCCACCGGGAACGACGAGAAAGGCAGAAAAGAGUCUUCAGAAUGUCGUUAUUGAUUAUUUCUACAUUUCUUCUCUGUUGGACACCAAUUUCUGUUUUAAAUACCACCAUUUUGUGUUUAGGCCCAAGUGACCUUUUAGUAAAAUUAAGAUUGUGUUUUCUAGUCAUGGCUUAUGGAACAACUAUAUUCCACCCUCUCUUGUAUGCAUUCACCAGACAAAAAUUUCAAAAGGUCUUAAAAAGCAAAAUGAAAAAACGAGUUGUUUCCAUAGUUGAAGCUGAUCCCAUGCCUAAUAAUGCUGUAAUACACAACUCAUGGAUAGAUCCUAAAAGAAACAAAAAGGUUACCUAUGAAGACAGUGAAAUAAGAGAGAAAUGUUUAGUACCUCAGGUUGUUACAGACUAGGGAGAAGUCUAAGUUUCACCAAAUCUACAUUCAGAAGAGUUUUAAAUUUAAAUUGUAAAAACUGAUUACUGCCAAAUGUAAGAGAAAAACAUUCUCAGUAUUGGUUAUGUUGUAAAUUUUUAAUAUGAAUGUCAAUUAGAUUAGGUCAUAUAUACUCAAUUUCCUCAUUAUUAAUGUAUUUGUUGCAUGGCAGUUUGUUAAAAGUAAUCCAUGUGUAUAUUCUGUCAAUAUUAUGUCCAUCAAAAGACACUCAUGUAAGUCGUCAUAUUUUCUAAAGAAUAAAUACAUAGCCUUAAAACAGUGUAUAACUUUAAAAUGUAACUGACACAGGUAUCUAUGUUUUUUAAGACAAUGUAUGAAGCCUAUUAUUUCUAAACCACGAACUAGAUAUAUUUAUAUGAGAAAUUGCAUAAUAUUUAACAGAAAAAUUAUAGUCUCAAAACAAUCAUAGCAAGAUUUUCUGUACCACUAUGCUAUAUUUCUGGUGAUGAACUUGUUACAAUAUUUUAACAACAAAAUAAUGAACUAUAUAGAAACCUUAUUCUUUGUUAUAUAUAGCCCUUAUGUGGGAAACCACAGACUAUAUUAGUAUUUUAAAGCCAUGAACCAAGAAUAAAUAAACUCUGUACAUAGACACAAAAUUA